GUGUUUGUGUGUGUGUGUGUAUCUAAUAGAUACAUUCUGUUUUUGAGCUGCUGCUCCAAAUUUAUACAGAGCAUAUUUGUGUCCAUUUAAUUGAAUUAAGUAAAGGGCUCCGCCACCGAGACAAGCGUCGCCAUUCCGUUCCAUCUUUACAUAAGAGCAAGCAAGCGUGAGAUACAGAUACGGAGGAAGGCAGAGCGACUGUGACAGUGACAGUGACAGAGCAGAGAAUGUCAAGAAUUGCGUAAAGUUUGUGGCCCGUGUGUGUGCCGUGGGAAAAGUGACAUUAAGUGCUUAACUGGCACGGACCCCUAUGAACACUAUGAGCGAGGCCUGGCAAUGAUGAUAGUAUGACGCGUGACGGCGAAAUUCCAGCCAUUUUCAAUCCGAAACGGGUCCGCACACCUGCCGUGGUAGUCACUGGAGACUCAUCGACAAAUGUCCCCUACAGUAACAACAACAACAACAACAACAGUGGGACGGGGACGGGGCCGGGGGCCAGCAGCAGCUCGCCAGGAACAGUUAUCGGAGCAGCAGCAGCAGCAGGAGGAGGAGGAGGUGGCACAGGAGGAGCGACAGGAGGCUGCGGCUUUAGCAAUGUGCUCACAUCGAGCAAUCCGCAAAUAACCCACCAAGACUCGAUCUCGUCGAGCCAGCAGGACCCCAAUGAGGUAAUCAUCAUACCAGCGGACACCCCCACGGGGGGUGCCGGCAGCCACAAUGCACAGCACCACUUCGGAGGCGACUCGAGUGACACGCAAGCCGGACUCGACUCUCAGCAGCAGCAGCAGCAGCCGAAUGGCCAUGGGGAGGAGCCGGAGCUGCGCUUCAGAAAGCUGCAGGCCUGCAAGGAGUCCUGCUGCUCGGAGCUGGCCCGCAAGAUGUAUUUCGGGGUGUGCGUGACCAUCCUGAUGACUGCCUCAUGGGUGGGGGCCACGCACUGCAUCAAGUACAUGUACAAGUACCGGGCGCCCUACGAUGACGUGCUGAACGACGACCAGGACACGUCGUCGAGUCGCGCCGAGCUGAGUGCCGAGCUGGAGGAAAUAAUGGCCAUCAGCGACUCGUCGCUGCAUCACGUCGAGGACGCCACCGAGAUGUUCAAUAUACCACCGCGGCAGCCUGUCUACUUCAGUGCCCCGUUUUUUGCAGCCUGGUUUUUUACAAACUUUUCACUGCUCUUCUUCCCGAUCUACAUCCUGGGUCUCGUGUCCACGCGCAAGUGCGACAAGCUGAGCGAGGUCCUGGGCGAUGUGCUGCGAGGAUUCCGGGAGCGCGGCUUCACCGUGGGUCGCUUCCUGAAUCGCUGCCUCUCCUUCUGCAUUUUGUGGCUGGUCACCACCUACCUGUAUACACUCUCCCUGAACGUGCUCUAUGCCACGGACGCCCUGGCCCUGUUCGCCACCAACGUGGCGUGCGUCUAUCUGCUCUCAUGGGUGAUCCUGCACGAGCAGUUUGUGGGCGUUCGAAUUGUCGCCAUCAUUCUCUGCGAUACGGGAAUCGCACUGCUCGCCUACAUGGACGGCAUCACGGAGAGUCGGACUCUGAGCGGCGUUGUUCUGGCCACACUGGCCGGCGCUGGCUAUGCCGUGUUCAGGGUUAUGUUCCGCAAGGUGAUGGGCGAUCCGCCGGUGGGCCAAAUCGCCUUCAUUUUCACCGCCCUGGGCUUCCUGAACGCCCUUCUGCUAUGGCCAGUGGUGCUGGCGCUCUACCUGACUGGCACGGAAAGCCUCACAUCGGAGAGCAUACCUUGGAACCUACUGUUCGCGGCGAGCCUCCUGCUCCUGGUUUUCCACGUUCUGAUGCAGUUCAGCGCCGCCGUAACAUACAACAUGUUUGUGACAUUGGGUCUUAUUACCGCUGUGCCCGUUUCUGGUGCACUCGAUGUCAUACUGUACAGUGCUAACUUUGCGGGCAUGAAGCUGGCCGGGGUCAUACUAAUUGGCAUUGGGUUCUUCCUCGUAAUGUUCCCCGAGAACUGGCCCGACUACAUAACGCGACUGCUGCGAAAGAGCGUUCGAGCCAUACUCCGUUACCAAUGUUGUUGUGAAUUAGCCGAAAUUCGCUAUGCUCAUUCGAAGCAUCAUAAUGCUGGGUCACAACGCGAGAUGGGGUCGCGGCCCUCGGAGCGGUACUUCAAUAGGUCAGCAUCCCACCAUUAUCGAUUAUCGGACGGGAUACAUAAGGUCCCAUCUUCGUUCACCCUCUGGCCGUGUGAGAUGACUGACCUAUCGCCAACUACCAGUGGGUAUCUGCAUGGCAGCGUCAACGCACAGCAUCACCAGCAACUUCUACAUCAGCAGCAACAGCAACAACAGUCCCAUCAGCAGCACCACCGACAGCACCACCAGCAGCACCUGCAGCGCCAACACUCGCACACCUCGCUCACCAAGAUCCACCGCCAGAGCAGCAGUCACAGUGUCCAUGGCGCUGGACGGUCGAUGGCUGCCGGCACCACGGGCCGACUAUUCUCCUAUUUUGGUAACGAGCACGAGCAUGAGCGCAAGAAGUCCGAGACGUCUUUCUUCAACCUGGGAUUCCGACGGAAGUCCACGGUGGUCUAUUAUGCCCCAACCGAUUAGGGGGGCAGCUCUCAGCUCAUGCAGAUGCAUAUCAAGCAAGCAUACGACGAGUGUAGGCAAAACGAGAAAAUACAAUCAUUCAGUGUUUAAGGAUUUAAUAGAAUUUUGCACAUUUAGGAGAUGCAAUAUCGAUGUCGUAUCCGAUUAUAGUGUACACGCCAUUAUACCAUAUUAUUGUCGUUGUUGUUGAUGUAAAAGUUUGAUCGGAACACAUGCAGCUUACAAUUUUGCUCAAAAUAUAACACAUUUAAAUGAUACAGUUAAAGAUUCAGAUACAGAUACAGUUACAGAUAAAGUUACAGUUACAGUUGAGAGACUUCAGCUCCAGUCAACAGAAUCCAGGCAGCCACGCCCGAGCCCACACCUCGCCACACCACGCCACGCCACGCCUUCAGUCUCAAUCUCAAUCUAUGUAAAUGAGAAAGAAACCAAUCCAUGAAUCGAGCACCCGAAAAGAGCUCAAAAGUGCCCCAAAUGUUAACUAUACUCGUAAAUGGUUAUUAUUUAAUACUCAUAAUUAUUACGAAAUUGUGUAAGGAAUCGAAGCCAAUUGUUUUUAGCAAUUAUAUACAUACAUACGUUAAUUGUAACGAAAAUGAAUAGUCAAAUGUUUUAGAGUGGAUCCACUCAAUGGCACACCUUAAGAAGGAAACGACAACGCUAGAUCGAAGAAGUGAAACCAAGUUACUUAAGGCAAAUAGUUUAUAGACUUUUCACCAACAACUUGAGAUUCACUUGGCUAAGAAAAACAAUUAAACUGUAAGCUCAUCUAGCCACUAGAUCCAAAAGGUUUUUCAUUUUAGACUCAACUGUGCAUUUUGGAUUGGAUUUUUGUUAAGGUUUUUAGUUUGAAAGCGAACUGAUUGCGAUUCGAGUCAAAAACAAAUUGAAGUAUUAGUAUUUUUUAAACGUUUAUGUGUUGUUCGUAAUUUGUAAUUCGAAGUGUUGUAGAGAAUAAAAUGAAUCAACGAGGAAACUGUUGUAUUAACGUGGCCGGCGCUCGUAUGACCCAAUCUAGGAUCCAAUCUCUAACCCUUUUUUGGGGCAUACAGAUCUGAGCUACUAUAUAUUGUACUUUGUUGUGUAGCCACAUCCAAUAAUUGAUUUGUGAUAGUUUUUAAAAAUGUUUGAUAACCAACUGCAUACACAUACACACCCCUACUUUUACCUACCCGCCCACACAAAGAGAGGCAAUUGGUGUAGCUGGGAUGUAUUUAGAACACACAAAACUGAACACGAAAUAAAUAGUUGAAAAAAAAGGGAAUGCAUACUUGAUUGUUU